AAGUGAACUGUCUUCAAAGAGAAAGUCUAGUUGUCUCUUAAAAAAGAACUUUGGGAUAAAGUGUGUACAUUUGAAAAUAGGACUUAAUUGAAUUGUGGAUGAAUUUGCUUAAGAAAUGAUUUAGGAUAGCAGUCUUACAGUAAUAUUUAAUUAAUUAGAUUUAUCAGUGAAUAGAUUGCAGAUAUCUUGUCAUUUAACAUAUCUACUACAGAUAAUAUAACUGUCAAACUCUAAGCUAAAUAUUGAAUCUUCCAUUUUAAUAGCAACGUUUUACUUUCAAUGUUUAAAUCAACAUCAGAAUCCCUUAACUGAGUCUCCAUUGUUGUUUCCUGGCAACAGUGAGUAUGUACAGUAUAUGGAAUCUUGACAUCAGAACCAUCAGAAGACUUGAGUCUAGGGUUUAGACUUGUCAGGACUCCUAAUUGCUGUAAGCAAUAAUCGGAUUUUGUGCCUAUAUACCUAAAAUUAAGAUAUUCUGUAAAUGUGUAUCAGUUGAAUUAAGAAAAUGUGUUGCUGUAGUAAGAUGGUGAUUUGGAAUGCUAUGUCAAGGUCAAAAUACAGUCUCAAAUCUAUAAAGGUUAUCACCAAAUUAUAGUUUAAUGAGCUAGAAAGAGGAAACAAUACUUGACUAGGGAGUACAUAUUUUAAAUUACAUUUGUAUCUUCCCCCACUCCAAACAACUUUUUAAAAUUGGUAGAUGCUUAUGGAUAUAUGUAUAACACAGGUAGAUAAUAGUAUGUGGUGAAAUCAAAACUUGCUUUGCAUACCGGUAUAUUCAAUGAUUUCGUUUUGUGGUUAAUCCAUUUUGGGAAGUGGCUUCAUCUAGAUUGAGAAAAUAUAUGAUCCUAACUUUGUGUCUCAAUGGGAUCUCUGCCAGUAUAUAUAUAUCCUGGUAUGUAUAUACUUUUGAAAGAUCUAACUUCAAGAGCUUGCAAGAGGAAGUCUGAGUUUCAAGUUUGCUUAAAUCUUUCAGUUGUCAUCAGAUUGUAGUCUAUAUUAUCUACAUAUGGUUGUAAUCUCAAUUUGAUAUCAGUAACAUUUAAAAUUAUAACCAGUUUUGGCAGAAGGAAACAUAUCUCAGGAGUUGUCUGGAGAUAGAUAAUUCCAUCUUGUUCUGUCAGACUCAAAACUGUUUCAAUAGCCAGGCAAGCCAAUCCUGAUAAAUUACACUAUUUCAGUGAUGUCUCCUGAUUAAAGAGUUGAGAGCAAACACAUACCUAAAGUAAAAUAGAUGCAAGCAUAUAUUGUAAUAUUAAAGUACACUUUUGAGAUUUCUCCCUGUGUCAAGUCAAGUAAAUGGUUGGUCUAGUGGUUAAGGCACCAAGCUAGAAAGCAGGAAGCCAUGAGCUCAAAUCAAGCCUUAGCUGUGAAAGCCAGCGGGGUGACUUUGGGUCAGUCAGUCUCUUUCUUAGCCCAACCACCCCACAGGAUGGUUAUUAUAGGGAAAAUAGGAGGAGGAAGAUGUGUGUGAUAUGUUUGCUGCUUUGAGUUAUUUAUAAAAAUAAUAAAGGUGAGAAAUAAAUGCUGAAGAUCAUGCUUGCUGAACCAAUCCUUCCAGAUGGACUUCAUGUUAGUAUUAAGCAAAACUAUUUCUGAAGUAGAGAGUCAGUUUGGUAUAGUGGUUAAGGCACCAGGCUAGAAACAGGGAGACCAUGGGCACAGAGCCAAACAGGGAGACCAUGGGCACAGAGCCAACUGGGUGACCUUGGCCAGUUAUUGCCCCUCAGAUGUAGGAAAGUGCCAAUAGAAAAAUCGCUUUUGAAAAACCUUACCAAGAAAACUGCAGGGACUUGCAAACAUACAUAUAGCACAAUUAAAACCAGUUACUGCUAAGUAAUAUGAAACAAAACAUGUAUAAUGUUAAGAUGCUACAUAAAAUAACUUAAAUUAUUGUAUCUAUAGACUUGGGCAAUUCAUAUGUGUCAAUGCCUAAGCCUAAAUAAUUCAUGUUGGUUUGAAUUUUAGGAACUGAUCUUUAGUCCCAUUCUCUCAUUUCAGUCAAAACUCUCUUGAUACUCAACUUCAGGUAUUUGAAUGUUCACCACUUAGCAAGUGAUCAGGAAUUAUUUCCAAUUCAUCAUAAUGUUUUAAUAAAUGGACAACUGCAAUCCCAAAUGUGCUUUUUCUUCUUGGAAGAGAAGCAAAAUGUCUUCAUGGAAAAACAAAGUCCAGUUGUCUUUUGUAAAGUACCUUUGGGAUAACCAUGACCUGGACCAUUGAGAAUCUCCAUAGACAAUUUAACUAUGGACAACCUCAGCUGUGUAAAAGGUGUCAUUUAUAUUUAGCAAAUAUAAUAUAGAAGGUAAUAGGAUGUUGUACAUCACUGUCUUCCAAAUAUCUGAGUCUUGAAAAUUACUAAGAUUGAACUUAACAUUGGCAAUGAGAAUUGGCAGUUUCCAAGAGGUUAAUAUUGUAAUUGCAAUGCAGCUGGGGUGGAAGAUAUGACAGGAAUUCAAGAUUUUCUGAUCAAAAUUAUUUUAAUAAUGCCUAUCCUUGGACAGUGAUAUCGGUGUUAAAAAUAUGAGCAAUUUACAGUAUAAAAAGCUUUUGGAAAUGCACUUAAACUUUUCGUUGAUUUUUUUUUUUACUAAGUAAAUUUGUGACCCGUUAAUUAGAAAUAAUUUUUAAAAGUCCACCCAAACCGAACUAGCUAUUUGUUUUCACGUUUUGUUUUGGUCGUGGUUAGGUGGGAAAUAAUUGUGAUGCUCAAUCUUAACAAUUAGUUUGGCUCUCAACAAAAAAAUUCUUGGACCUAUGUUGCAGGACUUCAUUUGCAGGAUUAGCUAAUAGAUAUGUUGUUGUUUGGCCUAAUUACUAUUAUAAGGCGCGAAGCUACUUACCUGUAUUUCAUGCAAUUGAGGCUUUUUCCCAAGCGUUUUUGAAAGCUGUAGUUCAGUGAGUUAAGACUCGGGCAGUGUCUUUUGGCGGGACAAUACAUGAUUAGGGCCUUUGUCCGCUGAACGGAACCGCAAUGAGUUUCUCUCGCGCCGCCUUCACCCCUUCAAGAAUGCCGUUUAUACUGGGCCAAUCUGUAACGGCGCAGCCAACCCCUCGUGUUUUGGCCACAGAGAACUUUUUGCCUUCGCUUCCCGCUUCCUAGUGUCUCGCCCGUCACCGGAUCUUAGAUGCGGAUUUGAAUAAAUUUCAAGUCGCCGCCCAUUUCUCGUUUUAUAGAGCCGCCAUUUUCCCCGUUUCUAUGUAUUCGCAAUUUUUCUCCGGAGGAUCAAAAGUCUACUUAGUCUUCUAUAUACGCCGUAUAUAGGCGUAUAAGGCUACGUUUUGAGCGCAGUGUUAGAGACUAGUUCGAAGGACUUCCGAAUUUGGGAUCCAUCUCUUCAGCCGGUUGUUCUCUUCAGGUUACUAGCAGCAGUCGAAGCGCGUUUUUUGAGGUGAAAGCGGCACUAGGGCCUGGCCGAGCGGAAACGCAUUACUCGUUCGCCGCCAUUUCCUAAGAACGCAGCGCGUACCGCUACAGCCGCCCGGCUUUCUGUGUUUGGAGAGGUGAAGUGACUAUUCAAACCGUCUCCAGUGUCCUGGACGAGGAUAUCGGUCGCCAUGUGUACGUGGGCAACAGAAGGCGAAACUGAGACCACCCUCACAUCUGGCAUGAUGUUGAACACGGAAGGCGGUGAGGGUUAUGUCGUAAAAGUGCGGGGAUUGCCCUGGUCCUGCUCUGCAGAUGAAGUGCAAAGAUUUUUCUCUGAAUGCAAAAUAUUAAAUGGAUCUUCAGGGGUCCGUUUUAUCUACACAAGAGAAGGAAGACCAAGUGGAGAAGCAUUUGUUGAAUUAGAAACAGAAGAAGAUGUGAAAUUGGCAUUGAAAAAAGACAGAGAAACAAUGGGACACAGAUAUGUUGAAGUCUUCAAGUCAAACAACGUUGAAAUGGAUUGGGUUCUGAAGCAUACUGGUCCUAACAGCCCUGAUACUGCUAAUGAUGGUUUUGUACGUCUUAGAGGACUUCCAUUUGGUUGUAGCAAGGAAGAAAUUGUUCAGUUUUUCUCAGGGUUGGAAAUCGUGCCAAAUGGGAUAACAUUGCCGGUGGACUUCCAGGGGAGGAGUACGGGGGAGGCCUUCGUGCAGUUUGCUUCACAGGAAAUAGCUGAAAAGGCUCUAAAGAAACACAAGGAAAGAAUAGGGCACAGGUACAUUGAAAUCUUCAAGAGUAGCAGAGCAGAAGUGCGCACUCAUUAUGACCCUCCUCGCAAAUUAAUGACCAUGCAGCGGCCUGGUCCUUAUGACCGGCCAGGUGUGGGAAGAGGUUAUAACAGCCUUGGUAGAGGCAGUGGUUUUGAAAGAAUGAGACGUGGUGCUUACGGUGGAGGCUAUGGUGGCUAUGAUGACUACAACGGAUAUAAUGAUGGCUAUGGCUUUGGAUCUGAUAGGUUUGGAAGAGAGUGGACUCUCCUUUCUGCAGGAAUGUCAGAUCAUAGAUAUGGUGAUGGAUCCUCUACUUUCCAAAGUACAACUGGUCAUUGUGUACAUAUGAGAGGAUUACCUUACAGAGCUACUGAGAAUGAUAUUUAUAAUUUCUUUUCGCCUCUUAAUCCGGUAAGAGUACACAUUGAAAUUGGACCUGAUGGCAGAGUCACUGGAGAGGCGGAUGUUGAGUUUGCUACUCAUGAGGAUGCUGUUGCUGCAAUGUCGAAAGACAAAGCAAAUAUGCAACACCGAUAUGUAGAACUCUUUUUGAAUUCUACAGCUGGAGGAAGUGGUGGUGCAUAUGGAAGUCAAAUGAUGGGAGCAAUGGUCAAGGAAACAGAAGGCGUGGUUCAAGAUUGGAACACUAACACAUUGGCAGGAAGCCAAUCCAGUUAUGGUGGUCCAGCUAACCAGCAGUUAAGUGGGGGUUAUGGAGGAGGCUACGGUGGUCAAAGCAGCAUGAGUGGAUAUGUUUGGCAAAUGCCGAGUGAUCAAGAUUUGGAUCCAAUCCACACGAAACUAGUUCUGGCAUCUCAUGGUAACCAGAGUGCAAUGAACAGCAGCUACUACAGCAGUGGUAAUCGUGCAUCCAUGGGGGUGAAUGGCAUGGCUGGAAUGUCUAACAUGUCCAACAUGAGUGGUGGCUGGGGAAUGUAACUUGUCACCUGAUUUUUUUUUUGUCAACUUUUUUAAGAAAACAAAAAACUAAGUUUAACAGUUUUGCAAUACAAGCUUGUGAUUAUGCUUUACUUGUAAGUGAAAUCAGGAUCAUUUUAAAACAUUCAGGUUCAGUAUUUUUGAAUAUGCUGAAACAUUCAUCUAGGGUGUAAGUCCAGUAAAGAAGUUCCUGUUAAACAACUCUCAGCUUUUUCCAGUUUUUGUUGUAGGAAUGUAUUUGAGCAGUAAAUGUAUUUAGGUUAAAGCUGUUUCAAUUAUGUUAAAUGUUGCUCUUAUACCACAUAACACCAAACACUUUUCAGUGCAUGUUCAGGAACAUGCUUUUUGUACAAACAAGUUAUAGGAGCUGUGUUGGAAAUUCAAGUGAACCUUUGGCAUGUUAGUUCUAGUUUUUUCUUUUAAUAUCUCGUAAGGCACAUUUACGCUUUUUAAGUUAAUAGGGAAAUGUGAGGUGCAAUACAGCUUACCUUUAGGAUUUUGGUCUUAGUGUUCAGAUGACAUCUGAGACCUUGGUUUAAUCUUUUAUUGUGUUGUGAUUUAUUUUUAGGUGUAUUGCGCUAAGUGAAACUUGUUCAAAUAAAACUUCCUUUUAAAAACUG